AAAAAAAAAAUUAACCACAAACAAAAACAAUAAUACCCAUAUAUUACACACCCACGAAUUUUUCCAUUCUAUAACUGGUUAACACUUCUAGUCGGAUCAUUAUUGAGAUAGGUUGCUUUCUGAACCGAUCAAUUGAACAGUUGGUACUUUAUUUUAUUUGUUUAUUAACGUGUUGAGUAGCCUGUUUCCAUUUGUGUUUGCAUAUUAACCCAGCUAAUUAUGAGAUCGUUCAAGACUAAAUCCAUCAAUGAUGAGAACGUGACAAAGAAUACAACUACAAGGGUCAAGUCUACAACAGUAAGUGGUCACAGUUCAUCGGUCAUGGCGUCCAAUUUAAGCUCAACUGGAGGCGCUCCAAUUUCCAAGCUUCAUCAAGACAAAAAUCGAGAAGUAUUAGGAGAAUUAAAUCAUAAUGUUCCUGUUGCAAAUAGCAGUAAGGUUAAGCAAUUGACUCCUCAUGUAGGGUCUAGUUCAUCUUCAGCUUCAAAAAUCCAAAUAUAUAAGCAAUAUCAUAAACAAUUCAAAAAACCCAGAUUAGAUAAACAUUCCCAGAAGCAUAUAAAAACAAGUACAUCCACAAACAAUAAUGAAGAUGAAGACAUUACAGAUUAUGAUGAAGAUAAUGUCGAACAAGUUGAUGACCAAUCUGAAGAUAAGGAAAACAGAUAUUUUAUCGAGGAAGAUGAUGAAGAUGAAGAAAGAAAUGACAUGCUUUUGAUUAAUAAUCAUGAAACUGUAAAUACAUCAACUCACAAUAUCCAUCACAAAUAUGACAUACCCCUUCAAAUAGAUCAUCCCUCUUCUCUUGUUGAACAUUCGGAUGAUCUUCCACACCAUUUUGAAAAGUUAGAUGAUGAUGAUAGUAUAGAAAAUCAUCAGUAUCAUAAUGAAACUCAAGAUGAAAUUGUAGAGGAAGAUGUCGAAGAAGAUCUUGAACCAAUUGAUAAUGCACAUAUACCAAUGGAGCCAACAUGGAAUGCACAAAUAUCUCAAGAGUUGCAUUUAGUUAUGAGAAAGUUUUCUCAUACAUUAUUGGAUGAAAAUGAUGAAGAUACAUUUGAUGUAACAAUGGUUGCAGAAUACUCACCGGAGAUUUUUAACUAUUUAAGAGAGUUGGAGAAUAGAUUAUCACCAGAUCCUAUGUAUAUGGAUAAUCAGGAUGAAUUGAAAUGGGAAAUGAGAAGUGUUUUGAUUGAUUGGGUAGUUCAAGUUCAUAAUAGAUUUAAUUUAUUGCCAGAAACUUUGUAUUUAACGGUUAAUUAUAUUGAUAGAUUCUUAUCCAAAAGGAAAGUAUCUUUAUCAAGAUUUCAAUUGGUUGGUGCAGUAGCUUUAUUUAUUGCUGCAAAGUAUGAAGAAAUAAAUUGUCCUACUGUUCAAGAAGUUGCCUAUAUGGCUGAUAAUGCAUAUUCGAUUGAAGAUUUCUUAAAGGCAGAGAGAUUUAUGAUUGAUGUUUUAGAGUUUGAUAUGGGAUGGCCCGGACCAAUGUCAUUUUUAAGAAGAACUUCAAAGGCAGAUGAUUAUGAUUAUGAAACUAGAACUUUAGCAAAAUACUUUCUAGAAAUUACAAUAAUGGAUUCAAGAUUUGUUGCCUCACCUCCAAGUUGGUUAGCUGCUGGAGCUCAUUAUUUGUCCAGAAAUUUGUUAAAUCGUGGUGAUUGGACUGAGGGUCAUGUAUUCUAUAGUGGAUACACUGAAGCUCAAUUGAAGCCAUUAGCAGAAUUGAUAUUGAAUAGCUGUAAAGAUCCGGAAUCUCAUCACAAAGCAAUAUUUGAAAAAUAUCAAGAAAGACGGUAUAGAAGAAGCUCAACUUUUGUUCAAGAAUAUUUUGCAUCUAUACAGCAACAACAACAACAACAACAGCAGCAGCAUCGCUCGCAUCAUUAAUUUAAUUUAAUGCUUUUACAUUUAUUCAUUACAUACAAUAAUCUUCUACAUUUAUCAUUACUAUCCCACAACAUUCAUACCAUUCAUUGUACAAUAUUCUUUAGGAAGAGAGGAUGAGAACUAAUAACAACAUCGAAACGGUUUUUAAGCUAUAGAAUUAUUUUUCACAACAAUAUCUCAUGUUUGUAGAUAUCUGUGGUUUGCCGUUCUAUUACACCAUCCUUCUUCAAGUUAAAAUACGCAUUUCUUUAUAGGACCUGUUUGCAUUUAGUCAUAUAUUAAUUAAUUAAUUAGUUCUUUUGGGUC